ACAUAGUGACAACUUCAGAAUCGGUAAAAUAGUUUGAGAGAAGAAAAUAAUUUUGAGGUUACCCAAAAAUUACAUAAUUUUGUUUUUAGUAAAUAUCGCACUUAUUAAUAUAGAAGAUUACAUGAUUCAAUAGCUUCCAAAAUGCUGAAGUUUGGCAUAAAGUCAGCUGUAUUAGGUGGAGCAGUAUAUUAUACAAUUGAUAAAGGAGUUUGGAAAGACAGUACAGCGACAAGCGCUAUUUAUGAAGAUCUUGAAAAGGGAGUUUCACCUUAUGUUGGUGAUCUGAAAAAACAAAUUCCAUAUGAGUUGCCUCCGCUUCCAUCAAAUGAUAGAGUAUCAUAUCUAUUCAAGUACUACUGGAAUUGUGGAGUCAAAGCAACCUUCAGAUUUUUAGUAGAUCUUCCAACACAUACAUCCAAUGCAACAAGCAAAGCUGUUGAAUUCGUGUCUUCAUCUUUAAAUGCAGUUGAACCAAGCACAAGUCCUAGUGAAGAAAAAGCAAAGUGAGGGAAUAAUGUAGAAAAUUCAUGUAUUUAUUUUAAAAUGGUUAUUGGUAAUUGUAUGCAUACAAUAUAAUUUCAAAAUGUAA